GAGAGAGGGUGAUAGAGAGAGAGAGAGAGAGAGAGAGAGGGAGAGGGAAAAAUGGGAUCGGCGUUUGAUGAGAAGGAUUAUUUAGCAUGCUGUGGAAGCACCAAAUUCGCAAAAGAAAUGGUCUCGGCUGGCCCUUUUUCCAGUUACGAUCACCUUGUGAACGCCGCCAGAGAUAUCUGGUUCAACAAGGUUGAUGUGAAUGGUUGGCUCGAAGCGUUCGCGGGUCAUCCUCAGAUUGGUCAAAGUCCUUCCUCUAGCAACAAAACCCCCAUCAGUGCCCAGUGGAGCAAAGGAGAACAAUCAACUGCUUUGGCCACUGCUACUGAUUCUAGCUUACAGGAACUAUCUGAUUGGAAUACUCAGUAUUGGCAGAAGUUUGGGUUUGUUUUUCUGAUAUGUGCAUCUGGACGGACCACCUCUGAAAUACUUGCUGAGCUCAAGAAACGUUACCUAAACAGACCAAUUAUUGAGUUUGAGAUCGCAGCCAAAGAACAAAUGAAAGUAACUGAGCUACGUCUUUUCAAACUCUUCUCAAAUGUAACUACUGCUGCUUCAGCCAACAAUGCUGAGUACAGUGCAGGUGUUGCAUCAAAGGCAGAAGAUCGAAUGAGCAUUGUUGGAGCACAUUUGACUGCUGUAUCUGAAAAGCCUACUGGGAAACCAUCUCAAAUUCCAGCAAGGACUCGCCCUCCCAUCACAACCCAUGUUUUGGAUGUUGCGCGUGGUUCUCCUGCUGCAGGUAUUGAAGUACAGUUGGAGAUGUGGAAAGGCAAUCAACCCCGUCCAGUGUUUGGUGAUAAAGAUGUAGGCAGUUGGAUAUUUCGAGGGGUUUCAACUGCAGACAAAGAUGGACGAAGUGGCCAAUUGAUAAAUGUGACCGAUGUUGUGAAUCCUGGUAUAUAUCGAAUAAGUUUCAACACGGGCAAAUACUGCCCGGAUGGAUUUUUUCCGUAUGUCUCAAUUGUGUUUGAAAUUAGGGAGUCGCAGAAGUGGGAGCAUUUUCAUGUUCCUCUGCUGCUUUCUCCUUUCUCCUUCUCCACAUACCGUGGAAGCUAGGUUUUUUUAAGGUCAUUGACAAGUUGUUGUAAUAAGAGAUGUGUAAAGCUCUUAUAAUUCUGUGUAAAUGAUAGUAAGGGAUUGGCUUUGUUUUAUGAAGUUGUGUUGUUCAAUGCUAUUUAGUACUGGAAAAUAUUCACCAAGCA